AUGGAAGGGCCAUCAUGUCAGCUGUUGCUGGGGUUUCUGAUGCUCACAACAAUAUGUGCAUCGGCAGCACAUCUUAGGACCACAAUGAGGUUUGGUGGGAUGAGAUGGUACGAGGAGAGCAGUAUGGCCUCCGUUAAUGCGAUCUCACCAGAAUUUGAAGUCCAUAACUACACGCAGUCAUUGGAUCAUUUCAACUUUAAACCAGAAAGUUAUGCUACUUUUCAGCAGAGAUACAUAUUGAAUUACAAGUACUGGGGUGGGGCAAAUACCAGCUCACCCAUCUUUGUUUAUCUAGGCGCAGAGAUAGAUGUAACACAAAAUCUUGAUUUGUCAAUUGUUGAUCUUGCUGCUCGUUUUAAAGGUUUGCUGUUGUAUAUAGAGCAUCGCUAUUAUGGAGUCUCAAUGCCUUUUGGAUCAGAAGAUGAAGCAUUCCAAAAUUCCAGUACCUUUGGAUACUUGAGUUCUGAACAAGCAUUGGCGGAUUACGCGCAGGUGAUAGUAGAUGUUAAGAAGGAUCUGUCGGCAGAAAACUGUCCUGCUAUUGCAGUAGGAGGAUCAUAUGGUGGAAUGCUUGCAUCGUGGUUUCGUCUAAAAUAUCCUCAUAUCGUCAUCGGUUCUUUGGCAUCAUCCGCUCCAAUACUCUACUUCGAUGAUAUCACACCACAAAAUGGAUAUCAUGUUAUUGUUUCAAAAGAUUUCAGAGAUACCAGUGAGAGUUGUUACAACACGAUACAGCAGUCCUGGGCUGAGAUUGAUCGAGUUGCUUCUGAAACAAACGGGCUUCUAAAUCUGAGCAAUAUCUUCACCACCUGUAGUCCUUUGAACUCUUCAAAAGAUCUCAAGGUCUAUACAGAGAUCGCAUACAUGUGGGCGGCUCAGCUAGACAACCCUCCAUCAUAUCCAGUCAAUAAAAUAUGCAGUGCCAUAGAUGGAGCACCAUCUGGAACUGAUAUUCUUGGUAGAGUUGCUGCUGGGGUCAAUGCUAGUGUUUUUGGGAAUUCAUGCCAUAGUGCAUCUGGUUCAGGAUUGAGCAGAAAGAGUGCAUCGGCAUGGGAAUGGCAGACAUGUACGGAGAUGGUAUUCCCAAUGGGAUAUGGUGAAAAUGAGACAAUGUUCCAAUCAGAUCCUUUCGAUAUAAACAACUACACCAAAGAAUGUGUUGAUGUAUUCGGUAUCAAGCCAAGGCCUCAUUGGAUCACAACUGAAUUCGGUGGACACGACAUAAAAACUGUACUAGGAAAUUUUGCAAGCAACAUCAUUUUCUCAAAUGGACUCCGAGACCCAUGGAGUGCUGGAGGAGUUUUGGAGGACAUAUCAGAUAGUGUUGUUGCUUUAUAUACAGAACAAGGAUCCCAUUGUUUGGAUCUUUAUCCUCCUACUUCGAGCGAUCCUGACUGGCUGCUAGCAUUACGGGACAAAGAGAACAAAAUUAUUGCAUAUUGGCUUGCCGAGUACUAUACCAAGCUUAAUUAG